AUGACCCGCUCAUGGUUGCUUGCUGGUUUCGCGCUUUUGUCUGCUGUUCAAGGGUUGGAUUACUAUGUCUCCCCACAAGGCAGCGAUAGUAACUCCGGAACUAUUGCAAGUCCUUUCCUGACUCUCACUAAAGCUCAGGCUGCUGUUAGGAUUGUAGUUGCGACGGAGCCUGCGGAAGCUAUCACGGUCAAUAUUGCUGAUGGCGUCUACAUCCUCAACACUACUCUGUUGUUAACAGCAGAGGACUCAGGGACCAGUGGCUACCCCGUAGUCUGGAAGGCCUUGGGCUCCAACGCCCUUAUCUCUGGAGGGCUAAAACUGACCGGAUGGACUUUGAACUCGACCACCGGCAUUUACAGCACCACUGUCCCCGUCGGGACACAGUCGCGCAAUCUUUAUGUGGGAGGGUCUGCGGCACAGUAUGCACGCGCCUUUCUUGAUAAAUCAAGCUUCGGUUUUACCAACACGAGUAUCACAUGGACGGACUCUGCCUAUGAUUGGCUGGCAACACUGCCAGGAAUUGGAAAGGCGGAAAUCAGGUCAAUGAACUCGUUCACGGAUCGGUACGCUCCAAUCCAAUCAUCCACGACAGGUGCGCUGAUAAUGGAUCAGCCGUCUUGGAUAUGGAAUUAUCUGGGAUACGAUGCAUUUUCUAAUCCUUGGGGAAAUUCUGGAUUCUGGAUCCAGAACGCGCUGAGCUUGCUCACAGAAGGGAGUGAAUUUUUCCUCGAUCCCUCUGCGGGCAAGAUAUACUACAUGCCCCUUCCAGGCCAGGACAUGGCAACCAUCGAUACGUAUUUGGGAAUCUUGGACGCUAUCGUUGCGGUUGGUGGUACUUAUGACGCGCCCGCGCAUGACGUUACUUUUCAGGGCUUGAACUUCGCCCACACCACUUGGAAUUUCGUGACCACACAAGGAUAUUGCGACCAGCAGACUGGUGGGUUUUUGGGGAACUUCAACAUCACCUAUCCUAUUUUUGAAGCAUCGCGUCCGUAUUGGGACCAGAUGCCAAGCGGGAUUCAAAUCAGCGCCGCGUACAACAUUGCUUUCACUGGCGGGAACUAUACUCAGUUUGGUGCUGGUGGGUUUGGCAUCGGGAACGACCCAUUUUCUCACGUUACGGGCAUUGGUUACGGAGCUGAGAACAUUAGCGUCCUUGACGGAUAUUUCACUCAAGUCAUGGGAAACUCCUUUACGUUAGGAGGCAUUCAAGCAAACGGCCAUCAUCCCACUGAUCCAAGAAUGAUAAACUCGAGGAUCACCGUCUCAGGCAAUAUCUUUUACAACACUUCCGCCCUCUUUAGCAGCACAGUACCGAUAUUCACCACCUACAUCCAAUAUUCGACGAUCUCGAACAAUGACUUGUCGCACAUUCCAUAUUCUGGAAUCUGCCACGGAUACGGCUGGGGUUCCAAUGAUCAAGGUGGAAGUCCUGAAUAUGCCUCACGUGGACUCUACAACUAUCAGCCCCUGUAUACAACGCCUACGACGUCCUUGAGCAAUGUUGUCAGCAGCAACCUGAUUCACGACUUUGGACUGGCACACCAAGAUCUGGGAGGUAUCUACACUUUAUCCAAGAGCCCCUCGACCAUUAUCAGAGACAACUACGAUUAUUCGUCGACAUGGUUCGGCCUUUAUACUGAUGAGGGCUCCAAUUCGCUGACAAUCCUGGACAACAUGUUCUUCCCUGCUCCGGCAAGAUGGUUCAACCCAAACCAACGUACUGGCCUUAAUACAGCCAACAACACCCUCAAGAAUAACUUUGCUGCUGUGGGUUCCGAUUACGUGAACACACCUAAUGGUACUGGACAAUUCGGCAAUACCUUCGAGAGCAAUUAUGUUGUUCGUGAUGCUGUGACAAAUGCGGCAGUCACUGGUCAAAGGACAGCGUAUCGAGCAGGUGUACUACCCGGUCGGCGCGCAGGACGACCUGUUUCUAAUCCCACUCUCGCCGAUGCAUAUAUUGCUGUCAUAUUUCCCUCGAACAUUGCUACCGACUUGAUCAGGGUCAAUAUCACCAAUUUCGAUGACGUUCCCCUUACUGCUGUUUCCUUCCAGACGUCAAUCUCAUCCAACUAUGCGUUGACUCCGGUCUCGGUCCCGCAGUCCAUACCAGCCAACUCUUUUGCCAUUGCUACCUGGAAAAUUACUGGCAAUACCUGCACAGCACCAGUCUUUGCUGUGAAUGUAACAUACACCAAUUCUCGAUUGAGUAAGCAAGGGUCACUUCGGUCCAACACUACCCUACCAGGAACUGUGACUGGAGCCACGACGCAAGGAUGGACCACAUCUUCAUCCUGGCCUGCGCUAUUUGGCGCAACAUGCCACACUGUCGGUAUUAGCACGUCGGGGAGAGACAUAUGGAAACCAUACGACGAUUGGGGAGCAAUAUAUACUCCCGCUCUUAUCUCAACCAGCGGCCACUUCAGCGUCUAUGUAAAUUCCCAGGACAGUAUAGGGGAUCCAUGGACCAGGAGCGGCGUUGUAGUACGCAACAGUCUUGCUUCAAACACCCGCUCCACAGGAUACGCGACCCUUCUUGUCACUCCCGGGCAAGGGGUUGUAUUCUCAUGGGAUUCGAGCGGUGACGGUAUCGCCGACAGCAUGACGACUAUACCAGGCAUCCGAGCACCGCUUUUCUUGAAGCUCACCGUCAAUGGAUCAGCCGUUGUUGGCGCUUACUCGUACGAUGAAGUCACCUGGAAGCAGGCUGGGAACGCUACACUUUAUGCUCGGGCUGCAACACUCGAUGCGGGCAUGAUUCAUACAUCACAUACUGCUUUCACAAACUCUACUGCUAUUUUCUCUAGGUUCAACCCGUCGAAUGCUUAG